ACAGCAAAAAAUUUGCUGCGUCAGCAAACGUGUUAGUUGAUUUUGGGAUAACCUAACCCGUUUGUUGUCUUAACCUCUAUGAUGACUGAUACAAUGAUAAUAAGUGUUGUCCCCAUGACUUUACUUCGUUAGUCCAGCAAACCUCACUUUGUCACAAAGGCGAUGAAAAUGGCGUUGUUGGAGCAGAUCGUGUUCGUUAUCACAGCGAACUGAAUCGCUUUGCCAGGGGGAAUAAUAUCGUGCGAGAAACAAGUGCUCUUUGGGUUCUCAUAACAUCAACUUUGGUGAAUACAGCAAGAAAUGGCGCUGUCACACAUGAUUUGCCUCUAACGCGCAUGUUUCGCGGAGGUGACAAACUUUCGCGCCCUUCCACCGCCCUCCCUUGUUUCACACGACGUUUCCGCCGUUCUCUGCCCGAGUGCAAUCGAGGUGGCUGCGGCGGCCGGUGACUUCCGUUCUCGCAGUCUGUGUAUCUUUGUUUGUCCAGCAUGGGAUAUAAAGGUUGCGAUUACUCAAAAAUGUCUUUCUUGUCACCGAAAUGGAUCGUGCGUCAGGGUCAGCGGAAAAUGAGGAAAGUGUCGCCGCUCUUCUGUUGUCGUGGGGCUUGGACGCACCCACCAUCCAGCGUUUCAUCGACGAAGACUUCUCUGUGAAUCAUUUGGCAUUUCUUACGGACGAAACCAUCAAUCGCCUUUUGCCCAAGGCAGGCCCCAGAGAAUGCUUUAAGUUCAAGUGGACUGAGUGGAAAGGGAGCCAGCCAGGCCAGCCUGAGAAAGAUCCAGUUACGCCCAUCAAGCGGGCCUCAAAGCGUCCAGCUCAAAAGUCUUCAACUUCUCCAGUGUCUUGGACUAAACUAUCCCUGAAAGAAGAUGAACCAUCAAUUAAUGAAGUUCAUGAGCGGUUGAAAUCAACGCCUGAGGGCCACUCUGUUUUGGCGUAUUACAAUUUACAUGGGAAACUCAACGACACAUUUCGAGACAUUCUUUCCACUCGAGUGGUAACUGGGGAAACUAAGUUGGAUUUUGACAAAAGAAUUGGCAAAGCUCGGUUCGAAGAACUUGCUCAUCAAAUCGUGGAGCUUUUCCCGUUAGAAGCUGAGCAUACAUGGUUUGAAUUGGAAGAAAAGAAACGAAGAAAGAUUGUGAGUGGAAGACUUAAACACAAGUUCUACAACAAUAGGCGCACGUAUAUUGAUGUGGCUCUCAUCAGCAAGGCCACACUUGAAGCAGAGUUAGACAGUGAUGAGGAUCUUUUAAGUGAUAGUGAAUUAUCUGAUGAUAACAUUCUGUGGCUCAAAGAACAUGACUCUCCAUGGACUGAUGUGCUGUCCAAAUGGAAUAAUUCUUUCCAAGUAAGAAAACUUCUGUUUAGACGAUGCUCUUCUAUUGGUGCUAUCAUUACUGACUUCCCUGCUCUUAAGAAGGAGAUUGGACAUGAGUUGCUCAUCGAAGACUUUAAUGCUGACCAUCCAGAACUUGUAUACCAUGUGGACACACACUGGCCUUUAUUCCUAAAUUAUGUUAAGAAUCUGAUACAAGAGAAAGACUCUGAAUUUUUGAGUGAGGUUGAUGAAGAAAGUGAUUCUGCGUGUGUUGAAAUUUUGUGCCAUUUGGCUUCUAUCUUUAAACCAAGGACUCAUAAGACAACUGUUGUUGAUACAACCAAAAAAAAACAAAAUCUAAGAAGCAAUCGAAAUCAAAAGGGACAGAAAAGCAGGCAACUUUAUGUUAAUUCUUAUUUUUGUCUUUGUACUUUUGUUCAAUGUUUUGAGAUUGGGAAGCUCAAAGGAGUUCUUAAAGAGCGAAACAGAGUACUCGUCAAGUAUGGUUUCACACUUCAACCCUUUGUAGUACUUGUUGGUCCAGCUGCGAGGAUUCGCCAAUCAAUCAUAGUACUUGACAACUUAAUUUGGGAAUGUCCCAAUCCAAUUCAAGCUGUGGACUCUCUGUUUAAAAUAUUUUUUGUCCUUAACUGCUCAUAUCCUGUGGAAAGCCGGCACCUUUGGCUUCUUAUUCAGCAAUGUGUUUAUAACAUCAACACUCCAAAUGAUUACAAGGGUAGUGUGGGCCUGAAAUCUUAUCUUGCUGCUUAUGUCAAAGAAUGGAAAUCUGUGGUAAAUGAUAGUUAAUUAUCAUUGUGGUUGUUUUGCUAUUUU